GUGGCAGGCAGGCCGGCCCUGGGGACUCCUCUCUGGCCCUGCUCCCUCCGAGCCCUCCGCGACUGCCCGCCUGGCCCCCGCUGGUGAGUCGAGACCUCCCAGGGCGGGCCCGCCACGUGCCCGCGCCCCUGCCCCUGCUGGCCCGCCGGGCCCUGCCCUGCCCUGCCCUGCCCAGGCUGUGGGCGAGGCUGUUCCUGGGGCGAGGGGGUGGGAGGUCCCAGCUCUCUGGGGCUGGGCCUCCCCAGCAGCCUCCCUCCCGCGCCGGGCCCCCCUUUGCUUAACUCCAGGCCUCCCUCCGCCGGCUCCUGCUCUGGCCCCUCUCCCGCCUCUCAGCCCUCCCUCCGCUUGGCGCCCGUGUGCACCCCCGCCUCCCCCUCCCUUUGCCUGUCUCCCUUUCCCUUCCAUCCCUCCGAAAGGAAGGAAGGGCCAGGCUGAAUCCCCCCUGGGGACACACCCAGAUAUGCCUCGGACUUGGGGAGAGGUCCUUCCCGGAGCCUGGAGCCACCUCUGACCUCCGGAGUGCCUGCGUGUGGGGGUGGGGGAGGUGAACUUGGGGAUGGCGGCUGAGAGCCGGGGAGAUAACAAGCUGGCGAACUCACAUGGGUCGGGGAGGAACUGUGGUUAGAGCCCACGCCUGCAGGUAGGCCCACAAAACGUCCGACUGUGAAUGAAUGAAUGGCCGCCACCGGGAAACGAGGGCUGUCGGUCCACAUGACCAGGGCAGGUGUACGUCUGCGCACCGUGGGGGUGACGCUGGGUUCAUUCACCUGCAGGUGCUGCUGUGUGAGUUUCUGUAUGGGACCGCACUUAUCUGUGACUCACAGAUGUGCGUGAGUAGGAGCAUUUGCACAUGGGGACGCGAGUCCUGGGAAGGAGCAUGUUGUGUUUGGGUGUGUUUGUCAGCAUGAACACAGUCGGGAGCAGACCUGGGUGUCAGAAACCGUGCACGUCAAAGUCCAGGGUGGCCUCUCAGAGGAGGGCACUUGCUGCAGGCAGGAGGCGGGCUCCGGGUGGGCACAUGUUUGCUAUGGCCACGGGCAGCGGAUUCUCGGGCCGGGCCGGGGAGAGCUAUGAUGGGGAGGGGCGGCGUAUGGGAGGACGUGGGGCCUGACUGCGGUGGGGCAGUUGUGGGUCGGCGUGGAGGUGAGCGGGGGGCAUCUGCGAGACGUGUGUGUGAGGGGGCACGUGUGAGGCCUCUGCGGCGUUGCACCUGCACAGGUGGUUCUCUGGGCAGGGGGAGCCUGGCUGAUGGGAGCAUCCUCCAUGCUAGCUGUUCAGGGACGCCUGGUCCCUUAGGGACUGUCUCUGAGUCCCAAGCUCUCCUCGGGUCUGGGCCCAGGCUUUUGUGUCCCUGUGAGCCCUCCUCCGACAUUCCUUCUGGCUCUGAGGGGGAGGGGGCCUAGCCCAUCGGGACCCCUCCCUGAGGGAGGGGAGGAUUCCUGAGACUUCCCCACUCCCACCCCCUCACGUGCCACUGGCCUCUCUGCCCCUCCCUGGGAGAGAAGGGCGAUGGAUCAAUCGUACCCAUUCUGAGGUAGGACAAACUGAGAAUUCAUGGCUAGUUGAGGAGAGGAUGCUGGGCGUGGGUUUUCAGCAGUUCUCCUUGGGCCAAGGCUCGGGUUGGGGAUGGAGUCUCGGGGGUGGGGGGUUCCUGGCUCAAAACCUAGAACCUUAGCUUUUCUGACUGGUCCAGCGUGGGUGCAGCAUGGGUGGAUGGUGGGACUCAGGCAUCACAUGGCUUUCUCAAUCCUGGUGGGUCCUCCAGGCGCUGACCUGUGGCCUGGACCCACCCUCCACCCCAUGCGCAGUUCAGCGGGGCGGGCGGGCAGAGGCGGGGCUGUGCCAGAUCUAGUCAGACAGGUGGAGCCGCCAGGGCAGGAGUCUCAAAGAGCCAGGCUCCCCGAGAGGAGAGUGACAGGAGAGCGCCGGGACCAGAGGAGAGGCUGGAGAACCCUUAGCCGGGAUGGAGGCUGUGGUGAACUUGUACCAGGAGAUGAUGAAGCACGCAGAUCCUCGGAUCCAGAACUACCCUCUGAUGGGGUCCCCCCUGCUAAUGACCUCCAUCCUCCUAAGCUACGUGUACUUCGUUCUCUCACUUGGGCCUCGCCUCAUGGCCAAUCGGAAGCCCUUCCAGCUCCGAGGCUUCAUGGUUGUCUACAACUUCUCACUGGUGGCACUUUCCCUCUACAUCGUCUAUGAGUUCCUGAUGUCAGGCUGGCUGAGUACCUACACCUGGCGCUGCGAUCCAGUGGACUUUUCCAACAGCCCGGAGGCCCUGAGGAUGGUUCGAGUGGCCUGGCUCUUCCUCUUCUCCAAGUUCAUUGAGCUGAUGGACACAGUGAUCUUUAUUCUCCGGAAAAAGGACGGACAGGUGACCUUCCUCCACGUCUUCCACCACUCGGUGCUCCCCUGGAGCUGGUGGUGGGGCGUCAAAAUUGCCCCAGGAGGAAUGGGCUCUUUCCACGCCAUGAUAAACUCCUCUGUGCACGUCGUCAUGUACCUGUACUACGGGUUGUCCGCCCUGGGCCCUGUGGCCCAGCCCUACCUUUGGUGGAAAAAGCACAUGACAGCCAUCCAGCUGGUCCAGUUCGUGCUGGUGUCCCUGCACGUCUCCCAGUACUACUUCGUGCCGGCCUGCGACUACCAGUUCCCGGUCAUCAUCCACCUCAUCUGGGUGUACGGCACGGUCUUCUUCGCGCUCUUCUCCAACUUCUGGUAUCAGGCGUACACCAAGGGCAAGCGGCUGCCCCGCGUCCUUCCGCAGAAUGGAGCUCCAGGGACCGCCAGAGUCAAGGCCAACUGAGACACACGGCCGAGCUGGACGCCCACCUAAGUGCCUCAGGACUGCACCUCAGGCAGCAUCUGUCAUUGUCCACCCCAGCGACACCUGUGGCCAGGACGGAGCAGGGGACAGGCAUCCACUCCCCACAGCUGGUACACAGGGACCACUGCUUCCGUUCCUCCCCACGUCUCCCAGCCAGCCCCAGGGAUGUGGCUCAUGGCCCUCGGCCACUCCAGAGCUGGGGACCGAAAGGGCUGGACACUUCCUCCCCCCUCCCUGCC